ACAUUCUCCCCGCUCAACUUUUACCCAUUCAUGUCAAUUUCAUCACAACACCCUUAACGGCAUCGAAAUGGCCCACAGCUUCUUUACCUACCUUCGCCUCAAACUUAUCGUAACCCUACUGCGACCUCUAAGCCUAAUAUUUGGUUUCACCAAAGUACGCCGAGACAGACUCCUAGUCGAGUCAACGGGGAUAGAGCGACGGCAAAUACGCAUCCCCUCGCGCGACAAGGACCGGUUCAUCACCGCGUACCUAUACACUCCGCCAGCCCAGCCCAAUACCAAACCAGCCAAACGGCCUAUCCUGGUCAACUGGCAUGGAAGCGGGUUCAUCUUCCCAAUGUUAGGAAGCGACGGGGUCUUCUGCGCUCGCGUUGCGCGCGAAACCGGCAUGUUCGUGCUCGACGCCGAUUACCGCAAGGCACCCGAAACGCCUUUCCCCGGCCCUCUCAACGACGUAGAGGAUGCGUUGAAAUGGGUUGCCGCGCAGCCCGACCGUUUCGAUCUAUCUCGCGUCGCGGUCUCUGGGUUCAGUGCCGGUGGCAAUCUGGCUUUGGUUGCUGCCACAGCGCUGCGGAAACAGGCAUCGUUGGCCGAGGUGAUCAGUAUCCCCGUUGUAGUAGCUGUAUACCCCGUUACAGACUUCACUAUCGCGUCCGAGGCCAAGAAAGUGCCUCGUCCGCGACGGCCCAUUCCACCAGCUUUGGCGCGUGUGUUUAAUGCUUCCUAUCUUCCUGAUGCGGAAUUGAAAAAGGAUGUCCGCGUAUCGCCGGGUCUGGCUGCCGCGGCGGAUUUUCCAUCGACGGUGGUGAUUAUUACUGUUGACGGGGAUACUUUGGCGCCCGAAGCAAUUGCGUUGGCAGAGAGACUGGGGAAGGAUCAGACGAGGAAGGUUGUUAGUAGGACUUUGACAGGGGUGGGGCAUGCUUUUGAUAAAGGAGUAGUUGAGGGGACGCAUGAAUGGGAACAGCGAGAGGAGGCAUAUACUUUGGCCAUUGAGACGUUAAAAGACGUGUUUCAUCUGUAAUGCACAGUUGAUGCCGGUAUAUACUACAUACAUGUAUAUAUGUUUGAUCGAG